AUGGGGGCCGUGAGCAGCAAGGCAGAUGAGGGAGGCGCCCUAUAUCUGCGAGACCAGACUCGAUUCUCGGUCGCGUCCCUGAACAUCACGAACAACCGCAAUCGCACCCUCCUAAACAUCACGCCAAACGCCUUUCCCGCGACCAGAUACAGCGCAAAGCGAGAUGUUGGCGACGACAGCGUAAUCGAGUACAUCCAGGACCCUGAAGCCCCCAUCCCAGCUGACGGGCCCCCGUCCUUCUUAUUGCGCCUGCCCAACGACGAGGAGUUGAAUUUCAAUUUCACAUUCAUACUGCGACAACAUCUAGCGGUUCCCAGUAUAUACAAUGCAAACAACACUUCGACCGUAAACCAGACAGGACUAGUGGACACAUGUAUCAAUGGCUUGACUUUUAUCUUUGCAGGAGGCUCCAAGGAACUUGACAACCUGGUAACGCGCGAGUUCUACGCCAACCCAAACUUGCACAAGAACCCGCAGGUGGAGCUUGUCGGCGACUAUUCAACGAGUGGUCACUCCUCGUUUGUCGAGUAUGAUCAGCGGGCACAUAGGCUUGAAACACUAGCAAACUUCACAUUCUGGGUCCAAAAUACCUCGCGGUUAAUCCAGAGCCCAACAUCUCCGUCUCCACGAAUGGAGCUGAGCGUUCCUCCGAGACUACGGGGGCCUUCUGCGCAAUCGAUGGACUCCCGAGUGAGCGACUCGGGCGACGACUAUAGAGACUGGGACAAUGCUGCGCCAAGAUCACCCAAUUUUGAGCCAAUACCUGAGCAUAGCCUCGGCCUUAUACCGAGCCAGAGUACAACCCUGACGAGUGGAAGUUUGCCAGUCAAGCUGGAUGUGUCGCGGCCUGGCGAGGAUCUGAGCCAGACGGAAGAUGGCCCAUUGUUCCGGGCGACCAUGAAGGCACUGGAGCAAAAGACGGGCAACAUGCGGACACGGUGGAAGAAAGUGCUCAAACGGGCCGAGUCUGCAAUGGAAGCGCAACAACAGUGCAACAACGCCAUGUCGGAUCUCAUGGAUGCAUUGAGAGAAGCUUCGUCUUCAAACGCAAACGCCGUGCAGCCAGCCAUUGACCAUUAUUUCGACAAGAUCGCAAAGGAAAUCCUCGCCUAUGAGCGGUCCAACACCACCAACAUUCAGAAGCUAAUCAUCGAUCCCAUAUAUAAGCUCUACAACAUCGAUAUUAAGCAGGCAGAAACCAAGCGCAAGGACUUCGAAGAAGAGAGUAAAGAUUACUACCAAUACCUGGGUCGAUACCUUGGGCAACGGCAGGACUCGCUCAAAGAAAAGAAGCGAGCUGAGACUGAUUCAAAAUAUCAGACAAAGAGGCGGAACUUUGAACUCAAACGGUUCGACUAUUCCUCAUUCAUGCAAGAUCUGCAUGGCGGUCGCAAAGACCAAGAAGUGCUUUCGCAUUUGACGAGAUACGCCGAUGCGCAAGCGAAGCGCUACCUUGAGACCGCCAAGAAGGUUGAAAUGAUGCUGCCACAACUCGAGGCGCUGAGUUGUGAAGUCAAGGAGGCAGACAAGGAGUUCCAGAUCCAGAGGACAGAACGAGAGGAGAAGCGUCGUGCGCUGGAAAAGAACAAGAAGACCUUUGAUGAACCUCCUGCAUCGUCUCUGACGUCACCGGUGGCCUCGUCGCAAAGCGUGCCUAAGAUAAUAGCCAGACAGGACGGUGAAGUCCCUGGCGCAACAAGCCGAAAGGGCAGUCUUGCGCCCAUGUUCCAAAGUACUGUUGCUCCACCGAACACAACUUCGCCUCCCAGUAUGCCCGCUGCUACUUCGGCUCAGAGUCCGGAAAUGGGCAAAUCAAAUCUGGCGGCGGUGGCACCGCAAUCCGACAAGUUCAAAGGAAUCAGAGACCUAGAAGAGAAGGAUCUGGCCUCGAUAACGGAAGCUGGGUCAGGCCCACAUCGAAAGGAGGGGCUCUUGUGGGCGCUGAGUAGACCUGGUAGUCAUGUCGAUCCAAAGGGCCUGAAUAAGCAGGCCUGGCACAAAUUUUGGAUCGUUCUGGACCAAGGGAAACUUUCAGAGUACUCGAAUUGGAAGCAAAAUCUCGAACUUCACAUGGAUCCCAUCGAUCUGCGGAUGGCAUCUGUAAGAGAAGCACGCAAUGCAGAUCGCCGAUUCUGUUUCGAAGUCAUUACGCCGCAGUACACCCGCGUAUAUCAAGCGACGAAUGAAGAUGACAUGAAGUCGUGGAUCAGCGCCGUGAACAACGCACUACAAACUGCAGUAGAGACUGCAGGCAAGUCUGAUCGACCGUCAACAGAUUCUCUACCCGGACAGCAGCAUCGAGACAUUGCAUCAGUCCUUACGGGCAAGAGCCCAUCCAUGUCGAGUCACCGGAAUAAUUAUGGCUCCAAGGCACCAGCGCGACAUGCUACAGUCGGCGAUCGACCAGGUGGCUAUCGAAAAGAAGAAUCAUUUGGGGAUGAAGGAAAGCUGCUCCGUCAAGUUCGAGAGGCGGAUCCCAGCAACAAGGCUUGCGCCGACUGCGGUACGGAGAUCAAGGUCGACUGGGUAUCUAUCAACUUGGGCAUCGUCAUCUGCAUUGAGUGUAGUGGCAUUCAUCGCUCACUAGGCACACAUAUUACCAAGGUUCGGUCACUGACGCUUGAUGUUACGUCCUUCACUCCCGAUAUUGUCGAGAUUCUACUGAAGAUUGGUAACCGCGUCAGUAACUCAAUCUGGGAAGCAAGACUAGAUCCGGCACUGAAGUCAGGACCAAUGUCUACACGUGAGCAGAGGCUGCAUUUUAUCUCUUCGAAAUACUCAGAUCGCGCUUUCGUUGCCCCCAUUUCGCCGACUGUGUCGCACUAUGCGACGCCGGAUGAAACGCUACUGGCGUCGGUCAAGAAGAAUGAUAUCCAAAACGUUCUUUACGCCCUGGCAUUGAAGGCAAACCCGAAUGCACGCGACCGGUCACGCGGGACGCAUGUCGUCUUCCUUGCACUUGCAGCAGCAGACCCCGCGUCCCCGUCAGCAACUUCGACGCCUGCAGGCUCACCAAGCACUCGCCCCAGCACCGGCCAGCCUACACGAAAGGCGUUUCCUGUGGCAGAGCUACUUCUUCAAAAUGGCGCCGAGCUACCGCUAGUCGCUGCGCCUAUACCCUUAAGUCACUCAGCACGGGCUUAUCUCGACUUCAAAGCUGACCAACGCGCGGGAAAGCGUACAGUACCGGUCGCGGGAAGUAAGCCUCCCUCAAGCGGCAACGACACUCUCACGGCGCUCCCGCCCAUUCUCGCCGGAAAUGGUAGUUCCCCAGCGGAGCGAGCAAAGGAAAGGGAGGCACGACUACAGAAGCGCGUGUCUGCGAGUGGGAGGUUGGUCAAGGCCCCCAAUAUCGAUGGCUUCGACAGUAAGCGCGGCUUAUGA